GUUACCCUCCAUUUUUUUCCGUUUUCUUUCGUAAAUCCAUCGCCACAAUUCUCGGACAAAAACACAACAACAACAACAAACACACAGCUCUCUGGGUCUCGUCGACAACAGCGAGUGAACCUGCAAGAUAGAAGCAUACCGUAGCUAGCAGUGAUCAAAUAGUUGGUUGCAAAGGCAUUGAUCGUGCCUUGUUUGUUGUUUUGUGUGUUUCCUAUCUUGCUCGGAACAAUCAAGCUCGACACCAGCAAAGGUUGCGUUUAGUUCACAGACUUCAUCACAGAACAAUCUGCAAUUCUCUGAAUUAUCCCAACAAAGCAAGCACCAUGCCAACUAUGCAAAGGAUGAUAUUCCUGCUAUCCCUGGUGUCCUUGAUGGUGUUGACCAAUGGAAACACGGAGCGCACUCGCCACGUAUACACCGUUCGGUCUCCCAAUGUGGAUCGAAGACGAGCCGUUGAAAUUAUCGACCUGGGCACAUUUCUCUUGACCAACUCGGAGGAUGGUAGACCCAAAACCAUGGCGCCCUUUUACCUGACAAUCGCCGAGACGCGAGAGGACCUCUCGGAAGGCGCCAUUAAAAAUGUUGAAUACGCUACGAGUGAUUUCUUGUUGGCCGAACUCAACAACAACGUGUUCGAGUGGGACUCUGUCGCCAACGUGGACGUUCAAAUUGUGUCGCAAGAACGCGUCAUUGAAGAGAUUGCGGAUGAGAGGAACCUGAAGCAAGUCCGAGGAGGCCGACACCUGAGGUCGGUGCCGGGGAGUCAAUUUGAGGUCAAUGUCAACGUGACGUUUGACCGCGAGCCAUCUCCCGAUGCAGCCGAAGUAGACCAGUCCAUGCAACGAAUCAUGCAGGAUCUUACAUUCAUGGUGGACAACAUCACUGCCUCGGAAGAUCCCGAACUGGGAUAUGUCUUUAUGGCAUACCGACAAGAACUCUCGGCAAACAACGAGAUUCCAACUAACGUGGUUGAAAUCAACAAGGGGGAACGGGAGCAAGACACAGGAACCAAGUCUGUGACGUUUAUCCUUCCAAUCUUUAUUGCAUUGGUGAUUCUGGGAGCCAUUGUUGCUCUCUGGAUUGUCAAGAGAAAGAGACGACGGGUACAAGCUGCCAACCAAAAGGCACAGGAAGACUUGGCCUUUUUGGACGAAGAAACCAAUGUCUUUAGCUUUGAAAAUAGUCCCACAAAGUCGAGCGCCAGGAAACGAGCGUACGGUAUUGAUACAAAUGAAUAUGAUGGAGAAGAGGAUGGUUACUCGGCGUCGCAAGGUUCUUUGAAUUCACCGUCGUAUGGUAUGAUUUCCGGAAUCGGAUCUCCCACUGCACGAUCGUCGCUAUCGGGUGCGGAAACCGUCAAGAUAUCCAACGCAAGGCUGAUGCCGCUUCCAUCGAAACUCACAGAGUUGGCAUCCACAUCCCUAUUUGCGUUUUCCGAAGAAGAUGAAGACUACGAGGAUAGUACGGAAGAAAGCCAAAGGACGACCAAGAGUGAAAUGCCUUCCGAUGUCAGCAACGGAUCCAGCUUCAACCGAAUCAUGAACGGCAAGUCGGAAGAAGAAGCAGACGAAGGAGGAAUAUCUUCCAUCAACAGCAGUCCUCAGAAUGUCGAUACAUCAAAGAAGAACUCUCCGGCAAAGAGCGUCACUCCCACCGACCUGCAAGGAUCUAAGGGCACCAUUGCUUCUUUCUUUUCGUCCCAUUUCUUCUCCUCUGACAGCGUCUCCCACUUUAAUGGAUCCUCAAUGACACAACCCGCAGGCAACACAUCCGAAGCCAUCAAGAGGAAGGCUGCCAGGAAUGGUGUGAGAAGCUUCAGCUUGAGUCCCAGGAGAAGAGAUCCAGCCAGUCCAGGGAGUGUCAUGUCGCCGCGGGCCAAAUCGGAUACAGGAGGCGAUGAUGAUGCCAGCGCCGACAGCGUGUUUGAUUUCCUCUCACCAUCACCAAGAAGAAACCUACACCGUGAUGAGAAGACGGAUGCAAAAGAGAAGACAGGAGGUGACAACGCUACCGGCAAGACUUCCUCCCAACAAGAUGCACCUCCCACACCAUCAUCGUCCAACGCGGUUGCUGCCGAUUCAAGCGACAGUAUUGGAGUUGAGGCAACUGUUGUUGACAAAGCACAGAAUGCAGUAUGCCUCACACCAACGGGUUCAGCAUCUUGUACACCCACGCACUCAGAAGCCAGUACUCCGAAAGCAACAACCCCUUCCACGCCUUCCGCUUCACCGUCCGCAUUUGCAGCCGUCACCGCUGCUCUACUUGGCAGCGUCACUGAAACCAAGUCGACAACUGCCACGCCACCCACUGUUAUGAAGUCAAAUGUUACGAAAAAGGUCGAUACAAGCACUGCCAGCAACAAUAGCUCAGUUGCCUCGAGACCAUCCGACGAAAGCAACAACACAUCAAGUGCUUCAGAGGAAGAAGAAGGAACCAGCUCAUUGAAUCCCAUCAGAUACUUGAAGAAGGUUGGAGUGAUUCCGCGAGCUCAAAAGCCCGCCCCGACUGUAACGAACCCGCAAGCCAAUCUCAGACACUAUACCCCGGAAAGCAGUCAGGAUCAGUACGAUGAAGACAUGUCAGAAGAAGACUCCAUGUCGGAUGCUGCUCCGGGGUCUUUCCCAAGGCGAAGCCGUCGACAUGCCAAAUCCACGACACAUGAUGGCACAUUCGCCUACCAAACGAAUGCCAUGCAGCCUCAAGAUUGGUCCAUGACAGAUGGAUUCUCAGACGAUGACACCCUCUCUGAACAAGGAGGCGGUGCUGCCUUUGGCGCUUUCCCAAAGACUGGUCUUCGUACUUCGAACUCUCCAAAGUCGUCGCAAAAGAAACCGGGCGAGAAAUCGCCUUCCAAUCAGUCCCGUUCCUCGUACAGCGCAGUUACGCAAAACUCUCCGGCUUCCAAAGCAGACUCGUCGCAAGCGUCAGCCAGCCGCCAGCUGAUCAAUGAUCUUGUCUGGCUAUCCAAGAAGAUCGCAGGAGUCAAGCAAUCUGCAGUCGACAGUGCUCCAGGAGAAACAUUACCUCUUGGGGCUCCUCCACAGAUAGAAACAGUUGACUCGCUUUCGUACGCUUCACAAGACGGUCUUAUCUCACCAACGUCAGCAGGCCCCGGAACCAAUGCAUCUGCUCAAAGAACGCCAAUUCAAUCGCCCACGAGUACCGGAAAGGCAAACACCAGCAUUGUUUGCCGAGACUGCCAGGCACCUCCCGGAAAACUGAACAUCGUGAUCCAUUCCACCAAGGACGGACCUGCUGUCCAUGAGGUUAAGGACGGAAGUUGCUUGGAAGGCAAGAUUUUCCCUGGCGAUUUGAUCAUUGCCGUGGACGAUAUCGACACCCGAGCUUUCACAGCAGCGCAGUUGAUGAAAACGAUGUCCGAAAGGAGUCAAUCUGAGAGAAAGAUUACCGUCCUUCACUUCGAGGAAGUUGACGAGUCGGACAACACCGAGGAAUGAUCGAGUGACAGUCAAAACCAACCACACGACAUCAUUCACUGGUAGUUGGGGAGUGCCAGCUUUGUCGCAUAUAUACUUCUCAUAUCAACCUCAAUCUUGGCUCUGCUGCGGAACAACGCGCACGGCUCAGAUGCCCCAUGACUAAUACUGUUCUAGAAAUGAUCUGCUGUAAUAGAAUGAUGAAAUAGUUACUUCAAUACAAAUAAUGCGUUCGUAUGAACAUUGGCCCUUUCGCCCAUGACUAAAAUACUGUUCUAGAAAUGAUGUGCUGUAAUAGAAUGAUGAAACAGUUACUUCGAU